CGUUAGCCACCGCCGUAUCCAGAAAGGUUUGCAGGCGAACCACGGAGAAGUACAUGAUAUAUGCCGGUUGGGUGCAAGGUCAGGGGUUUCACGGCUUGACAGACAUGCGCGAGACUUCACGUCCAACGGGGAGCGGAGCGUGUGGAUGAUGCUGAUGAAGGGAUCCCUGCGCAACACGAGCACGAUGCUCAUGCUAGAGCUAGCGAAACCCCAGAUACACUACAUGUAGUACAUUCAUGCCUUGUCCUCCAGAGGAGGGUCGCGGGUGGAGCAUGCCAAAUGAAUAUAUAUCAUAAUACAGCAUGCAUCGACGCGCCAAAGAAGAAAGUCCGUCAGGACUCCAGAGAAACAUUAGUGGAGCUGGCGCUGUGCAGUCAUGAGUCCAGGCCGUCAUAACUUCACAGCCUGAGGACAGAUGGCUGCCGGUGUGUCGAGGGUGGCUCCCUCUGUCAGCGCAGCUGCAGAGGGAGGUUCCACUGUUAACAGUCUCAGCAUAAGUGACAACCAGGUGCACGGAGACAUGAGCGUCAACAUCAGUAUGGGCCCUCAACAUGGACCAAAGAAAGGACUCAAACAAAAGUAUGUCACCAAACUGCGGUCCUUCCUGGGAAAGAAAAAGAAAAGAAACUUCCCGUACGCACCCACUGUAGUUCCAAACUGCACAGAUCUACUGAUCACAGAGGAGAAGGGGGAAGACUGGCAGGGGACUGACCGUGAGAUGGUCGCAGUAGAAUGCCAGCAGUUUGGGGGCAAUCAGGUUCUUCUCCAGGAUAUCUUCAAACCUUCAUCAGGAGAGCAGGAGCCACCUCAAAAGGUGCUCACGAAGGGAAUUGCAGGGGUGGGGAAGUCUGUGGCAGUGCAGAAGUUCACACAUGAUUGGGCCGCGGGGAAAGCCAACCAGAAUCUGCAGCUGCUGUUCCCAUUCUCCUUCAGGGAACUGAACCAUUUAGUGGACCGGGAACUGAGUCUCAAGGAUCUUAUAGACCAUUUCUUUGAGGAGGUCAAAGACCUGAGUCCGGAAGACUACGAUACCGACGAUAUUCUGUUCGUGUUUGAUGGCCUGGAUGUGAAGCAAUUUGAUCUAAAUUUGAAGGAUGUGGAGGUGUGUCGCAGCAUGGAACAGAAGACAACUAUCGGGGUCAUCCUCUCUAACCUUGUGACAGGACAGCUGCUGCACAGGUCCAAGGUUUGGAUCACCAGUAGGCCAACUGCCACUGGUGAUAUCCCUGAGGGGCUGUUCGACAGGGUGACACAUAUACAUGGCUUCUCUGAAAAUCAGAUCUCAGAGUUUUUCAGGAAGACCAUCCAAGAUCAGUCACAGGCCAAGAAGAUCCUUGAGCACCUUAGAUCCAAGUAUCUGCCAAACAUAAUGGUCAUGUGUCGCAUUCCGCUCUUCAGUUGGUUGGCAGCCAAAUCACUCAAGUCGUUAGUCAAAAGAUCUGAAGACCCUCAGCUAGCAAAGACCAUAACUGAAUUGUACAUCCACUUUCUAAUCCACCGAGUGCAGAAUAGUGGAAAGAGAGACUUUGUCAUGAAGUUGGGAAAAUUUGCCUACAACCAGUGGAUGAAAGGGAAUACUGGGUUCUACAAAGAAGACCUCGCAAGGUUUGACAUCACCCUGGACGAUAAGGACCAGGCAUCAAUCCUUGAUGGGUUUUGCAGUCAAAUCCUUCAGAAGGUUUGUGGACUCUACAUCCAGGAGACCUAUUGCUUCAUACACCCGAUGCUGCAGGAGUUCCUGGCAGCUCUGUAUGUGCUGGAGACCUUUCUGAGUUCAGGAACCAACCUUCUACCUGAGCAAUACGGGGACAUGGAACAGAAAAUCCUGUUGGUCCAACCAGAUGGAAUGGAAAUGGCUCUGAAGUGCCCAAACGGAGACAGGGACAUGUUCCGAUGCUUUCUCUUUGGUUUGGUGGUAGAGGAAAACCAGAAACAUCUGGAGAUGAUUCUGGGCCCAAGAGAAAACCCGGAAAAGGUGAAAACCAUUACUGAUCAAACAGGAAAACGCCGCCGAACGUCAGUCAAGAAGAGAAUUGGCAGCUGGUUUGCCUGUCUGGGAAGCGGUUCACGCCAGCACAGAUCCGGACCGAUUCCAGUUCCCGAACACAGUGUUGGACAAGCCAGCCUGCUCAACAGUGCAAAAGCACUACUUCAAAGCAUGAAAAGGCGUUUGACAGCUGGAGCCAAACGAAGAUGGUUCAGAAGGUAGUAGACAAAGGAAAUUCAAUUCAAUAUUGCUUUAUUUGCUUUGGCAAAAUCAGACACUAUUGCAAAAACAUAUUGCCAGUACACACACAAAAAGAAUGACAUACUCAUCUUCUAUGUCUCCUCAUCAUGAAAAGUUUCCACAUGCUGGAUUACUGGAUGAAAACAAAUCGGCCGAUACCGACUUUUGCAAGGGGCUGGGGGUUGGGCAAUGGCAUUACAAUCCUUGAUCAAAAAGACAAGUGCGAUUUUCAUGUUGAUAUAACUCGUAUCUUUUUCCUAAAAUUCCUUAAAAUUUGUUUUCAGUACAGAUGACUCAAAAACUGGCAUUUUGAAAACCCGAGAAUAAUUUGAACAAUAUGAAAAAAAAUGCUGAUCGCCCAAUUGCCCAGCCCUAACUUUGUCUCAGGCUCUUUGGUUGACACGAUUUCACGUCGCUCUACAGUGCCAGGGGUUCACCCCCAAUCACCAGCCAUUAUGCUGUGACUCCAUUUGAAGUUCCCUCAGGCUUUAGAACAUUUGGAUCUUAGUAAAUCUGCUGGAUCCUUUGUUCUUGAAGUCAGCUACUGUCUGGUGCUGAAAGGUGCUGUAACCAGCUAUAGGACAGUCAGUGAACAACUCAAAUGUUCUGGAAUAUAUCGCGCAGCUCUUUUUAUAGACUUUUGUCAACCAUUGGAUCCAGGUAUCAGGUCACCCAUGGCCUUGUGGAACCAUGCUGUGAGCUGGUGCUCAACUUAUUUAGCAGCUAAAACAGUGUCAACACUCCACUGCAGGUGAACCUCAGGGCUCCAUUGUAGAGACACUCUUGUUCCUAAUGCAUAUGAGCAAUCCAGUUCUCUUUUUUAAGCUGUACUGUAAUUUACGGCUCAUCUUCUUCUGUUCUGAAAUCCUGUGAGCUAUUGGAGACAGCCUCCAUCACUGUUCGCUCCUGUUUAACUCAUCUUAAGCCAGUGCUUUCACGCUUCCCCAACUCUCUGCUGCCUGUGUAAAUUACAUCAUUUGGCAAAAAAAGUGUGCAUCAGGGACCAAGCUACUUAAAUGGGAAUCCGCUUCCAUCCCACCUGCCUAGUAGGUUGCCGUUCUUCGGGACCAAACUGAAAUGAUCACAAAUGCCUGUUCUUUAAUUUGCACAUUGUCUUUUAUAGAAAUUAUCGUUUUGUUUAUUUAUUUUUCUAAAACAAGUUAAAACAAGAGAAACAAAAAUGUUUACAACAAGUUGAUGCAUUUAAGUGACCUGCUUUUAUGAAUGCUCCUGUGCUCUCGGCACUGUAUUAUGAGUUACUGCCACUGCUGUUACCGUCCCUCUGCUUUCUCUACAGUUAAACUUAACCCAGUGGGUAACUCAAAGAGAGCUCACUCAAAACAAUAAGGAAAGGGGAAUUAAGCUCUUUUGGUUGGUGCAACUGUGAUAUGGAAUUGUAGCAUCCCAUUCUUGUUUUACAUAUGUGACUGAAUUAUAUGUGAUAUAUUCUGCCAUACAGGCUUUUAACAUUCCUUCUGUUUAAUUCUCACCUCUUUAUAGCCUUUUGCACUGUAAAUUCACCACUGGACAUAUACGUAGUACUGCAUUGUAUCCACCA